UGUAUCGAAUCGAGGAUCUCCGAGGAUUUUCGGAAUGGCUUUUGCGCAUAGGGUGAUUCGGGGCUGCAAAAGCUCCAUACUCCCGGGCUUGUAUUCCAGUCGGCUCAGCAGUAUAUUCUGCGCGGCACCCUGGACCGUACAUUUACUCCCCCUCCCCUUUUUCCCAAAAAAAAAAUUAUAACAUAGAUAUACAUGUAAUUAUAACAGCUGUGUAAAUAAAACGAGACAGAACGCUAAAUGGUACGUUUAUGAUUAUUUCCAAAUGUAAAUUAUUAUUAAAAACAAAGUUGAAUAUAAAAAAUCAUUCAACUAAAUUGGUGCUAAUUUAGCUUGUUGUUUUAACUCAGUGAAUUAGAGAUCAAAGCUUUAUAUUUUCUAUUCAAAAGUUUACCCUGUUUCUUGACCACAAAAAUUUAACUUGUUACGUGUAGUAAAAUUGUAGUAAAAAAAAAAAGCUCCCUCAUUCUUUCACUCAUCUGCAGUCAAUACAAAAAAAAAAAAAAUAUAGUGCUACAAAAAAAAUUGCCGCAAAAUGAGAAAUUUAUUUUUAAAAAAUAUUGAACUUAUACAUAUUAUAUAAUAAUAGACUUGUUAAUUACAUUUGGAUAGUUGAUGCAUAGCUGAAAGAUAAACAUUUGAGGGGCCUUCAAAUUUCAAGUUUAUUUUGAUUGAACAAGAGAUGAAUUUAAUUACAAGAUAAACAAUAAUGUGAUAUUAUAAAUGAUCACCUUUAAAAUAAAUGUUUACGUUGGCACAGUGUUUGUGAUACUUCAACAAUGUAAGGAAUGAUCACAUUGCUGGUGGUCGGGCUGCUCUUAGCUGUUGAAAGCACGUGUGGAAAAAAUAUCGUUACCAGCAAUGAGACCGUACGGAAUGAGAUACAGCAAAAAAGUGGCCUUAUGAAAACGAGUACAGACGAGGAAAAUAUAUAUCGUCUUACUUGUUAUACGUGUGUCAACGUAAGCGAUAACCAGAUGUGCAACAAAUGGGCCAUUGAUACUCCCUGCCCACUUGGGAGUAGAGAUUUCUGCCGUUCUCUUCAUAUUUUAGAUAGUCGAGGUAACAGCGUCUUGGUAAGCAAAAGCUGUGCAAGCAAAAAACUGUGCACCCCAGCGUCAAUUGGUUGUAUUCCCGUUGACACUCAACAGAUAUGUAUAAGCUGUUGUGAUAUGAGUUAUUGCAAUGUCGAGUCACCAACAAACUCAACAAAUGCAAUUUAUGUACGUAAAAGACGAGGUAAAUCAAAAGGUAAACGAACAAAAUCAGGAAAUAAUGGUUCCAAGAUGACAAUAACAACACGACUGUCAAAAUACAUUGGCCUGUCACUCGCAAUCUCAAUUUUAAAUGCAUAUCAUUGAUAAAAGAAAUGACUAUAAAAAAAAAAAAAAAAUCUAACUCAUGACAUUCAUGGGUAUUAAUUGACUCAAUAUGAAUUUCAAUAACAAAAGGAAUUGUUUAAAUCUCGUAUUAAUUAUGUAGAUGCCUAUGCUAUAUUUUAAAUUGAGAUUUAAUUGAAAAUAAAAUAAAAAAAAUGUGUGUAGCAAUUGACACCGAUGUGUUCCCAUAUAUUAACUCAAAGAUCUAGAUAAUUAAAAAUGAAAAUAUAUCAUAAAGCACCGAUCAUUUUUAAAAAAACAAAUUUUAAAAAAUUAUAUAUCUAUAUACUAUAUAAAAUAUAUUCUCUACAUAAAUUUCAUUCCAAUCAAUUAAUUAGUCUAUUAUAUAUAGAUAAAAUUUUAAACAUCCAAUGGGGACUUUAUGCUUCAAUUUAUGGUUAUUCAAUAAAAAAUUCUAUAAUAAAAAUAAUGAAACAAACAAUCAUGGUGAAGGCCAAUAACGGUUUAAAAAUAUAAAUCGUUCAACUGAAAUUUUACCAUGUAUACCUAAAAUCUAUUAACUUUUAUUUAUGUUAUUGACUUGCGACUAUAUAAUAUAUUCGAGACUAAAUACUAUUCACAUUUGUUUAUAUUAUAUUAUAUAUUACAUAUACAAAUAUGAAAUGUUUUAAUAUAUAAUGUAAAACACUGUUGGUAAUGAAAUAAUAAAAAAGAGAAGAGAGCAAUUAAAUACUUGUGCUUUUAAUAUUUCAAUGAUAUUAAUUGUUGAAAUAAAAUUAAUUUUAGAUCAAUAUUUACGAGCUUAUUAAACACAAAAUUUUGGAUAUAAUACAUUAUACGUUAAAUUAUAAUUGAAUUAAUUGUAUGGUUUAAUAUUUUCAUUGUUAUAUUUUGUAUUUUGUUUUAUCGAAUUAUCCUGGCUUACUUAUCACUUACUUACUUAUAAAUUUACUCAUUUCUUUUUACUGUAUUUUUACUGUAGUUUACUGAAUUCAUCGAACGUUAUUUCUCUUCUCGCUAUCAAUUAAAUAUAAAUUUAAUUCAAAUAUCGUAAGUAUCAAUUGAAACUUAUUAUUUGACUAGUAUAUAACUUCACCUGUUGAAAUAAUUUUAUAUGUUAAGGGAGUUCGAACAUCACUCGAUUAUCUUUAACUUUUUUUUAAAUUUUUAGAGUAGGUUUAUGAAAUAAUUAUCUAUCUUAUGCCAAAAUUUCAGAAGUCUAUCCGUGCUAGUAAAAUAGUUAUUAUUGUUUAAAGUCAACAACUUUUAACGUGUAUGCUAACGUAAAAAACAUAAACGUUAAAAAAAAAAACAACAUAUCUCGAAUUUUCACGGUGUUUUUGUCUUACCACCUAAAUAAAAAACUACCUUCAUAAAACUUCAAAAUCUUAGAAAAAUUAUAGAAAAAAAAAAAUUUAAGUUCCCUGCUAGAAAGUUAAACAAUCAUUGUUUAAAAAAAAAAAAAGUUAAAGAGUAAAGGAGUGGAGGUAACAAAAUACGUUUGUGUGCAUAUUGAUACACACAACUGUAUAUGUAUUGGUGGAAAACAGGACCGUCUACGCAACAAAAAGUGAAGGGUGCCGCAUAUAAUUUUAUAAAUUUUUACUAUAGCAUUGAGGUGCCCACUAGGCCACACUCGAGACGAGACCGAGACGAGACUGACAAUUUUUCAGGCGAGACGAUACCGAGACGAAACUGUUGUUUUGGUCAUUUUUCGAGACCGAGACGAGACUCGAUCAAAUCUCGUCUCGUCUCGUCUCGUGUGCAUCUUCAAUAAUUGGAGAUUUUCUGGAGAAAUAUUAGAGUGAAAUUAGAAAUCUUUGGGAGUUGAUAGUUUGAUUGUUAUUAAUUAAUUAAAAUUUCGAGGGCAUAGUUAUAACCUGGAUUUAAUUUUCAACUUUUUUUUUGGAAUCGAAAGAUAAUUCUUUCGAGAAUUAGAAUCUGUAAUAAAAUACUAUUGGAAUAAGUUACUUUAUUAAUUACUAAUAUAAUUUUUUGAUGAAUAAAUGUUAGUAUGUGCAGAUUAAUGAUUCUUGUCUUUGUGCAUCCCUACUCCAAAUAUUAUGUACGUAUGUACACCGCCAAAGUACCAAUUAUUAUUUGAAUCAAUAAGAAUCGAAAAUAAUAAUAUUUAUUAAUUUAAAAGUUAUAC